AUUUGAACAAACGGCGCACACUGACACAGUCCUCAUGCUCAAGAACCUCGUCUGUAGAACAAACAAAUUCAGAAGUCGGUCAAGGAAACAUCCACAGGAACAACUCAGGCGGCGGGGCUGGUUUCUCUGCCGUGGGGAACAGGUCGUGUGAACUCUUUCCCUCUCCAAACUCUGGCUCGUCACUGAUGAGCGCACGAGGAGGACCAGACCUUGGAAGUUUGAGUGGUCACUGGUAG